AAUUCAAAGAUAAAAAAAUUUUUUAAACAAAAUUUUACAAUUGAAUCUGAAAAAAAUAAUAAUGUAAAAAUUCAUAAAUGCAGAUAAAUAAUUAAGGAAUUGAAAAUCAGUGAAAAAAAUUGAAAAUUUCUCAAAAGAAUUAAAUGGAAAAAAAUUUUUUAAUAAAAAUCUAAUUGGAAAUUUUCAAAAACUGUGGAAAAAAAGAAAUUGAAAGAAACAAUAUUGUAAAAGUGAAAAAUAAAAGGAACAAAAGAAAUAAAAAAAAGUGAAGAAAAGUGAAAUUACAUUAUAAAAAUUAGAUAAAUUAAAACCAAACAAUGAGAGUAAAGAAAUUUGAAAAUUUUUCGAAAAACAAAUAAAGUAUAAAAUAAAAACAAAAAAAUAAUUUUAAUAAAAAUUAUUUAAAUUACUCCAAAUAAAAAAAAAAGUUUCCAAAGAAUUAAAAUCAAUAUUUCUGAGGAAAAUUGAAUUUUACAAUUUAUUUGUAAUACAAAACCGGAUUUUAAUUUGUGAAAGAGGACAGAAAAAAAGGCAAAAAAAAAAAAAUGGAAAAAGAAAAUAUGAAAAAUAUGAAUCAAUUAUUAAGAAGUUGUUUAGUUUGGAUAAUAGCGUCAAUUAUUAUAUUUAGUACAAUAAUUCUUGUGAUAUUUUGGUUUACAAAUAUUUUUCACGAUGCAAUUAUGACGGAAUUACAAAUAAAAAAUGGAACAAAUUUUUUUGACGUUUGGCAACGACCAUCGGUACGUGUACAAUAUAAAAUUCAUCUAUUUAAUUACACAAAUGUCGAUGAUUUUGAAAAUAAUCGUGCAAAAAAAUUGAAAAUUGAAGAUAUUGGACCAUAUAUUUAUCGUGAGACAUUACAACGUGUUAAUCCAAUAUUCCAUAAAAAUGGAACAAUUUCCUAUCAGGAAGUGAGAUCAUAUCAAUGGGAGGGUGGAAGAUCGGAUGAAGAAAUUUUAGUUGUGCCAAAUUUUUUAUUAUUUGCCGCAAUGGCAUAUUUAAGGGAUUAUACAUUUGUCUAUCAUAUAACAUUGACAACAAUUUUACUUGGUUUAAGGGCAAAAAGAUUUUUAAAACUUUCGGCCGGUGAAUAUUUGUGGGGUUAUGAUGAUGAAUUAUUUAAUUAUGGAAAACCAUUUAUUUCAAUGAAGCAACAUAUUCCAUUUGAUAAAUUUGGUCUUCUUGCACUUAAAUCAGGCUUAUCGAAUGAUCGAUUUACAAUAAAUACUGGUGAAAUGGAUAUGGAUAAAUUGGGAAUUAUUGAACGAUUCAAUGGAAUGGAGAGCCGUAAUGUAUGGGGCGAUGAGGAAUGUGAUAAAAUUACUGGCACUGAUGGAAGUUUAUUUCCACCAAGACUUGUACGCGAUCCAAAUGCAACAUUACAUAUUUAUUUAAAAGAAAUGUGUAGAACAGUUCCACUUAAAUUUCACAGUCACGCAAGUGCACAAGGAAUUCCCACCCAAAGAUAUGUACUCGAGGAUGACAUUUUCACAGCAUCCGAGACGAAAAAUUAUUGUUUCUGUGAAAAAUCUGAAGAUGACGAUAAAAAAGUAUCGAAAAAAUCAGGAUUAUGUCCACCAAUGGGAGUUUUUAAUGCCUCGGCGUGCAAUUUUGGAAUGCCAACAUUAACAUCUUUUCCCCAUUUUUAUCAAGGUGAUAAAAGUUUAAUUGAACAAUUCGAUGGUCUCAAACCACAAAAAGAACUUCACGAAAGUUUCAUCGAUUUGCAUCCACACUUGGGCGUUCCAAUUGGUGGACAUUCGCGUAUUCAAUUAAAUUUGGAGGCUCGAAAAGCAGCUGGAGUGCCAUAUUUUGGAAAUAUGAAAGACGGUAUGAUUUUACCACUUAUGUGGAUGGAAGCGUCAAUUGAAAAUAUUCCCGAGCCUGUACACAAUUUAUUAUCACACGCAUAUUAUACUGUCAAUAUUAUUGAUCAAACAUUUAAAUGGGGUAGCAUAAUUUCUUUAAUUUUAUCAAUAGCCACUCUUUAUCAUCUUUUACGAAAAAAACAAUUAGACGACCAUAUUGUUUUACAUAGAAAUACUUCAGGUCAAAAUCCACUUCUCUAAUGAAAAUACCAUUUAUUUUUUCUUUUUUUUUUUUUAAUUUUUUGUAAAAUUAAAUUUUCUAUUUAUAAUUUAAAUUAAUAAAUUUUUACCAUUUUGAUAA